GUGAAGAAAAGCCAACAAAAGUCAUCUGUUCUCGAAGUGUUUCGAAAAAGAUGGUCGCAACAUUUGUGUCAAAAGCGGAUCAUAUUGCAACAAUUCCUCUUAAUGAGCAAAGAACUGUUACCAUCAUUUGUUUGCCAAAAGUCAUCACCGAGCUUCAAAAAAUGAACCCCGAAAGAAGAAUCAUCCUGCAUCAAGACAAUGCAAGCUCGCACACAGCCCAAAAAAACAAGGCAAACAUACUAAAAUAUAGGAAGGCAGGAAGAAAACGUGGAAUUAUUGGACCAUCCUCCAUAUAGUCCCGAUCUAAAUCCUAACGAUUUCUUUACUUUCCCGAAAAUUAAAAACAGACUGCGUGGUCAAAGGUUCCAG